AUGUCCAGCUACCCUCGACCCCGCCGUUUCGAAGACUUCCGCAUCGCCGUGAUAUGCGCACUGGCCCUUGAGUACGAUGCCGCCAUCUUCGCUUUCGAUGAGAUGUGGAACGACGACGGAGAUGGGAGCGGGUCCGCGCUCAGGCAACACAACAAUCAUAUGCUGGGGCGGAUUGGAGCCCAUAAUGUUGUUUUGGCCCUCCUCCCCAACAUGGGAAAGGUCAGCGCAGCUAACGAGGUAGUGCGGCUCCGGUCCAUUUAUCCUGUGCUAGAGCUGGCCUUCUUGACCGGUAUCUGCGGGGGAGUGCCUAGCCCAGGGACGGAUAAGGAGAUACUGCUUGGGGAUGUGGUGAUCGGCAAAAGCAUCGUGCAAUAUGACCUUGGCCGACAGUAUCCCGCCAAGUUUAGCAGGAAAGAUACUGUUGACGACAACCUUAGCCGACUCAACAAAGACGUCCGUUCUUUUCUCGCCACCUACGAGACGCAACAUGGUCGGAACGAUUUGCAGCGACGGAUGACCAAGAUCCUAGCUGAAGUCCAACAAUCUUCCACCACUGCACAAGGCCGAAACGACUACGACCGUCCUGCGGCUGGAGAGGACAUACUCUUCAAGCCGGACUAUCUUCACAGACACCGAGAUCAGCGAGGCUGUGGGUGUAAUGAAUCCACUGCAUGUGACAGAGCAAUCAAAGCGUCGUGCGAGGAGCUUGGAUGCGACGUCCGACAUCAAAUGCUGAGGAAACGCCUGGAGUCUAAGAAGCCAGAGACGCGUAUACACAUCGGGCGUAUCGGUUCGGGUGACACAGUGAUGAAAUCAGGCGGGCACAGGGAUCGGGUAGCGGCAGGGGAUGGUAUCAUUGCCUUUGAGAUGGAAGGGGCGGGUGUCUGGGAGGAGAUGCCGUGCAUCAUCGUCAAGGGGGUAUGUGACUACGCCGACAGCCACAAAAACAAGUCAUGGCAAGGCUUUGCAGCUGCAAUGGCGGCCUCGACGACGAAGGCGCUUGUGGUGCGUUACACGUCCAGGAUUACCAAGACAGGCUGUAGGUGA